AUGAACAACGAGCUAAGACUCGUUGAUUGGUCCUACGUGUAUAAUAACAGCAAUGUGAACUCAGCUUGGACUUACAUGAAGACAAUAAUAACUGGCAUAUACCUAAAAUAUGCUCCAGUUAUUUCAAAGCGAGUUAAAGGUAAACCAGCACCAUGGUUGACGGUCGAAGUCAAACAGCUUAUGAACGAGCGGGAUAGUUUACUUCGUAAAUAUCGUAGGACCAGCAAUGACGAGGACUUUCAUGCGUAUAAACUAAAGCGUAAUAAGGUGAAUACUUUGUUGCGUCAAGCGAAGUCCUCGUAUAACAAAAAUCUGUUGGAAGAAAAUUCGAAGACUCCUGAGUCAUUUUGGAAAAUAAUUAAAUCAAUUUACCCAGUUAAAUCAACAGGCAAAAAUACGAGUCUAUCAUUUGAAAUUGACGGCGAGAUGUCAGCUGAUGCAUCGAAAAUUUCAAACGCUUUUUGCUCGUAUUUUAAUAACAUUGUUGCCACUUUGAAGCAGAAAGCUUUUCCACUGCGUAAUCUAGUUUGGAGAAACCCUAUAAACAUUAAUUUUUUCUGUGUUGGUGUAGUGUACUCAGGUGAAUAUGAUAUUUGUGGUGUUACUCUGAGUGUAUAUCCACACCGAGCGAGCUUGAAAAAUAUGCCCGGCCACGGUGGGAUAUACACUCAGAGUAACACCACAAAUAUCAUAUUCACCUGAGUACACUACACCAACACAGAAAAAAUUCAUAUUACUAGAAUACAUUGGUAUCGAAGGAACUAGAUUCUGUUCCGAAAUAUCACUUACUCGAACCGUCCUGACCGCGUAGCUCAGUUGGAAGAGCAUUGGGCUAGUAUCCAAAGGUCGUAGGUUCGAAUCCCACCGUGGCCGGGCAUAUUUUUCAAGCUCGCUCGGUGUGGAUAUAUACUCAGAGUAACACCACAAAUAUCCUAUAAACAUUGGUAAAAAGACGGAGAAAGUUUUCAAGGGUCGAAAUGUUUCCAUUUUGGGAGUGGAAAGACAGCUGAAAUCGCUUAAAUCUACUAAAUGUACGGGUUGUGACAAUUUACCACCAAGAUUAUUGAAAGAAUCAGCUUCUACCAUUGCUCCACCGCUUAUACCCAUAUAAUAAAUUUGUCAAUGCAGUCUGGUCUGAUUCCAUCCGAAUGGAAAUCGGCAAAGAUUAUACCAAUUCACAAAUCGGGUCCGAGAUCGAGUUUUGAUAACUAUCGCCCAAUUUCAGUUCUCCCAGCAAUAUCGAAAGUAAUGGAGACCAUCAUUCACCGUCAGGUUAUGAAUUUUUUGAAUGAAAAUAAACUAUUAUCGCAAAAUCAAUUUGGCUUCAGACCAAAAAUGUCUACCGAGUUGGCGGCGGUGAAGUUUAUCGCUGAAAUUCGUAUGAGUGUUGAUAAAGGCAAUUUGGUUGGAGCUGUAUUUAUUGAUUUGACUAAGGCAUUCUACACGAUUAGCCACUCUAAGCUGCUAAGUAAGCUACCCCAGUAUGGCAUAAAUGGAACUGAACUAGAUUGGUUUAAAGAUUAUUUGUUUAGACGGGCAGCUUGCGUUUCAUACAAUAACCAUAUUUCUCAGCAAUGUUAUCUUCGGUCCGGUGUCCCACAAGGGUCAAUACUAGGCCCUUUACUGUUUUUGAUAUCAUUUAAUGACAUUGUCGAUCUAAUUGAACAAUCCAGAAUAGUAAAAUAUGCCGUCGAUGUUGUUUUGUAUGUAGAGGAUAAGAAUAUGGAGUCAAUCAAAUCAAAACUGACGAACGAUUUGGCCAAUGUUGCGGUCUGGUUGGAUGAAAAUGAUCUGAUUAUCAAUUACUUCAAUGAAGGGAAAACCGAAGCAUUACUAUUUGGAACAGCUAAGCGUAUAUGCAAAUCAAACGAGUCUUUGUCUAUACCGUAUGGAAAUACAGUUGUUAAUCUCACAAAGAAAUACCAGUAUCUUGGUGUUGAAGUUGACUCCACAUUAAAUCUUAACACUCAUUUUGAUGCUUGUUUUAAACGUGCAUCAACAAGGUUACGUCUACUAUCCAAAAUUAGAGAUAAUUCAAACGUGGACUCGGCGAGAACGAUUUAUCAGUCAAUGAUCACACCGCUUUUGACAUACUGUGGAAUUUUGAAUCUUAAAUUAACGUCAACACAACUGCAUAAAUUAGCUUCUUUUCGGGAACGAGCCAAUAAAGUUAUUUUUAAUGAUUUUCGACCUGAUACAGAGCUCCCAUCGAUUAUGGAUUUAAGGAAGAAGCGUGCCUGUGAAAUA